UCAAGUAGGCCAGGGCCUUUUCUACUACAACAGGAGUCUUUGUCCUUGAUACAAACGUCAAGGGAGGGAUAAACAAUCAUUACCCCUGUCUGGAAAAACACAGUUUAUGUAAGAAAGUACUAAACUGUGAUUGGUCAGGAAGAGUUUCUCUUUACAAAACUUUAGUUCAUUUCCAGACACUUAUGUAAGAUAGCCCUAUAGUAUCAUUGGCCAAGAGUGGUUAUUCUUUGUAACUCAUUGUAUCCAUCUUCAGACAAGGAACAACUUAACUUAUGUAAGGAACUCCUAUGAUAUGAUUGGUCCAAAGAAGUUUUGUUAUGUAUUUCUUUAAAGACGCCUCCCGAUGCUUAUGUAAGGUGGUCCUGUUAGAUGAUUGGUUCCAAGUAGUUUCUUUAUGUAUCCCUUUAUACCCACCCCAAGAUAAGGAAUAAUAUAACUUAUAUAAGUCAGUCCUGGGUCUUGAUUGGCUAGAGUAGUUUAUGUAAUUUCGGACAAGGAGAAACAUAGGGUAGAGAAUUCUCUAUGUAUUGCUUUAUAUAUUUUUAUGUAACAGUGGGUUAUAUUUAUGUAACGGUACGUUAUAAAUAGUGGAAGGAAAGUGACUUUUAGUCAGAAGAUAGUAUAGCUACGAAAGAGAGGGAGACGUAUGUCUCAGAGCUGGUAUUUUAUUGCGCUUGUGUUGAAAUAUAUACACAUGUGUGUUGAAGAUUCAUCUUGAAGUCUUGAACCUGUAAUAAAAUCAACUUCUUCUCGCAAGUUUUUAGUGACGGGGUAUUUCUUUGCGUCAAGGCGAGAAUAUACUUCAGCUUGGUUUCGUGACAUUUUGGUGGCAGCGGUGGGAUCGAAAAAUUUCCCACAGAACAGUUUCGUCGAAAAGUCUGAUUAAAAGGCAGUGCCAAGAGCUAACGGAUCUGGUAGGCCAAUGUUCGGUGACAACGAGUAACUAGAAACAAGGAUUGUGAGAACGAGAAUUGCUCGCAGGGAUAAUUAGUUCAGCAACCUGAGAAGCUUCUAUUCAGUGCAGCAUCCAGCAGGCUUAUACUACAGUUAUUUGCAAAGCCUAUUCAGAGACGCUUUAGCAGAGUUAUCAGAUUUACAAAGGUCUGGAAUGAGAACUUGGUUGUCUGGUGCUAUUCAACAAAUGAGAGCAGUAAGCUAACAAGUAGCAGUUCAAGGGCUUCUAAAGAAAGCAGACCUGGAUGAGAAGGCACAACUGGGAGUGGAAGCAAGACUAACUGUGGCAGACCGUCCAUGGGCAGACUGAGGACAGAUGACAGAUUGAGAGGCUCGUAAAAAGGCUGACCAAGAGCAGACAGUGCUGGACAGAUCAAGACGGAGCUUCAAGUCCAAAAGAGUCAAGGCCAAUUCAGGACACUGGAAGAAAGGGUAAGUGAGCUCUUAGUAAGACAGUGAGCAAGGCAGAGUUAGGCAUCAGAAAGAUAUUAGUAGAUUAUUAUUUGAAAUAUUACAUGGUGAUUAUUUCAUUUAGAUUACAAUGAUGAGUGAUGUAUCUAAUUUAUCGCAGCUUAGGGUUAAGAGAUUAAGAGAAAUGUGUGAAGAACGGGGGUUGCCAUUUGAAGGUUUGAAUAAGGAUGGAUUAGUACGGGCACUAAGCGAAAAUGUGUCAGAUUCUAAUCCCCUCAAUAUUGAAGACAAUGAUGUUAGUGCAGCUAAAGCACUAAAUUUGCAGGGACAGCGCGAAAGGGGAAAUGCGCAGUAUAUGGGGGUCAAGCCAACACUACCCAAAUUUGUCGAAGGGGAAGAUAUUGAUGUUUUUCUUCGUACAUUUGAAAAUUUGGCUAAAUUAUAUCAGUGGCCAGAGGAAAUUUGGGCAUGUCAAUUGGUCCCACUACUCUCAGGUAAGGCAAGAGAGGCAAUUCCCAGGUAAAUUCCCAACCAAGUACAUGAGCCCUGAGCAACAGACCAAUCAUUGCUCUCUGUUCCUCAGGGCUCGUGAGGAACAGACCAAUCGGAUUGCUAUGUUGAAAAAUCACUGAAAUUUCCGUCUCUUCACCUCUCUUCAACAGACCAAUCACUACCUCUCGUUGAUCAGCUCGCUGAGUCUACGUCACUGACAAUUAUGAAUAUUCAUGUCUUCGGCGGACUCUUCGAAUUCGUUCUCAAAUCCAGCAUUGUUUUCUCGAUGAAUUCACCCUUUUCUGGACUUUCUAUAUUUUUUUACAUAUGGACGUGAAAAUUGGGAUCAUUCCUCGUGUGUAUGGUGAGUAGAAACGUAUGAGUUGCUAUAUUUUUUGAAAAACGAGAUGAAAUGAAUGCCCCGCAGAAUUGUGCGGAAGCUCCACGGAGCCAGCCUGCAACUCUCCCGGUCAGAUCGUUUGGGUUUCCGCGGGUGUUUAAGGAGUAGAUUCAGCUUGAUUGCAAGUGAUUUACGAGUGAUAUCGCUUUUAAUAUGGCUUGUGGAUUAAAAAGAAACAUUCCUGGUACAUUAUGACUCAUUAUGAUGUGUGUUACAACCCCCAUGUUCAUGAAAAUUUGCUGUAAACAAGAUAAAAAGAGGCUCCUCAGAAAUGUACAGAAGCUCCACGAGGCCAGCCCACUACACUCCCGGUCAAAUUGUUUGAGUUUCCGCAUGUGUUCACAAUAUAGUGUCACUCCCCCCCCCCUUUCAUGUAAAUGUGUGUGUACUGUACUGUAGUUCAGCCUAAUUACAAUACAUGAAUUUAUAACAGUAACAUGGCAGAAAAAAGGGGGUUGAGGUGGGCAAAUGAAGAAUGUAACAGUGUGCAAACAUUGUUUAUUUUUCAACUGCAGAAAUGUUGAAGCUACGUUAUGGAGCUGCCUUCAGGUCAUUGGCACUGCAAGAUUUGUCACAAAAAGUGCAGUACCAGUUCAAAUUUGAAUCGGCACUUGAAGACCCAUGAAACCAAGGCCUUCAAGUGUGAGCGAUGUGGCAAGUUAUUCACGUUGAAGCAGCACCUUGACAUUCAUGUGAAAAAGCAUCAGAGACAAGACCAAACCCCAACCAUUCGCCUUUAUAAGCCGGGGGAAGCCCUGCUCAAACCAAGUCCUGCUGCCAAGAGCUAUGAAAAAUUGCCAAAGUGGAGAAGAUAAUUGUUGACAAGGUCUGGUGCGACCCGGUAAGUGCUGAGGCCCUGGCAAGGAGCAAGGCUGGUGAAGCUUGGAGGGGUGAGGUGCAUCUCACCUUUGGAAAGUACCUCAACAAAACGUUCAAAUGGCUAAUUGAAAAUGAUGUGGGAUGGAUGAAGUUCAUCCUUGUCGAGCAUGGCAUCAAGAAAGAUACAAACCCACUCAUGCUGUGGUUGAAGUCAACUCUUUGGGAGUAUGCGGACCAGUUUCCACAAGUUAUGUGUCACGUACACUCUGUUCUCAAGAAGACAAAGUCCCAACAGCCACCCAAAGCCAAGGAGCUGCCCAAGUCUAAAACACCUCCAACUCUCCAGGAGUCCUCCAAGCCUUUGGAGCCGCUGAUGCCUCAGGAGCCUCUCAAGGGAAAAAUUGAGGAGAUAGAUGACAUGCACUGGGACUUCGCAGAUGACCAGGAGCUAUUGGACAUGGCAGAUACCCUUGUUUCAUCUUCUGAGCUGGGUGUUAAAGCACAUUUGACAACAGCUGGGGAUCUGCUGAAAGUUAGCCAGCACAGCCAGGAGAGCAGCAGUAAUCCAGGACUGGAGGGAUGGCAGAAGUCGUGGGAGGAGCCUCCACCCAACACUCAACCGAUGUUCAAGCCAAACAUCCACUGGCUGAAAAACGAUCUGGUGUAUGGGCUCUAUACCAAACAGGGAUCAAAGAAGGUUCUGAAGCCCAUAAUGAACUUCAGCCCACCGCCACUCAUCAGUCAGAUCCAAGGUGCACUUCCACCGAUGCUGUCUUUCUUCACCACUACAGCAUUCUUCUGGAGGCCAGUAGGGGUGAUGCAGCUGAAAGUCCCUUGCCCCAACCGAGACUGCCCAGCACAACCAGGCUACAGCCUUAUCCGCCACGGAUAUGGGAGUAUCGCUCGGACUGUGUAUGGGAUAAGAUUCCCGUACACGUUACUAACAGAGCGCCUCAGUUGUAACCACUGCAAGGACAAGCGCAAGUCUGCUGGCGAUGAUGACAAACGGCAAUACUCUUGGAAUGCGUCAAGUCUCAGCAUCCUGCAACAGCUAGCCCCUGCAGUGAAGAGCAUGUUUCCAGCAGUCAUUGUAGGGAAACGGGCCAUUGACAAGGAAGUCGUCACCCUCCAUAGCGACCGGGUCAACUCUAUCUCAAUGACCAAAGUGUACCGAGUACUUGAGAUGGGCCACAGUAAAUGGUAUGCAGAGAGGAGGGAUUUGUACCAGACACUGCUGUUCAAGGCUCACUCUGCAGACACCUCAGAGGCAUCUCAGCGAGGAAUCCUCUCCUUCAUCAAGGCUCCAGGCUCCUACAUGCCCCCUAUCUCACAGUCAGUGCUCCCUUCCCCACGGACUCUCUGCCGUGCCCAUAUGAUCAUGGAGAUGGAGAGGAUGUCUGUCUACCGCCAGAGCAUCCUUAGUGUCACUGGAGAAAUUUUGUGCAUUGAUGGAACCAAACAGAUCCUGAAGAAGGUAUAUGGUGAUGGCCAGGAUACCAUGCAUUUCUUGACAAGCAUUCUUAAUGAGUGGGGGCAAUUCGUCACAGCAGUGGUGGUUGCUUCUGAGUCGGAGGAGUGCUACCAACGGAUGGCUCGCGGUCUAUGUUCGAGAUUCCGCCGUGCUAAUGCCCCAGCCCCUAAAGUGAUGUACACAGACAAUAACUGCUGCAGGGAUGGUGGUACUUCGUGGAUGGAGUCUUUGUUCCAGGACUGGGUACGGGAUGGCAUGCUAUGCUGGCUAUGA